AUGGACAAACACGUUACCCACAUUUCUAGGGAGGACCUAGAAGAGCUCCGAGAGGCAUUCAAUAAAAUUGACAUCGACAACAGCGGCUAUGUGAGCAACUUUGAGCUCCAGGAGCUGUUCCGCGAGGCCAGCUUCUCCCUGCCCGGAUACCAAGUUCGGCAGAUUGUGGAGACCUUCGUGGCCGGUGACACCAACAAGGAUGAGAAGAUCAGCUUUGAGGAGUUUGUUUCCAUCUAUCAGGAGCUGAAAAGCAAGAAGUUUAGCGAGACCUUCCGCAAAUCCAUCACCAGGAGGGAUGGCAUCCGGUCCUUCGGAGGGAUGUCAGGAAUCUCAAGCGUCGGGACACAACACUCCUACUCGGAUGAGGAGAAGGUGGCUUUUGUCAACUGGAUCAACAAAGCAUUGGCCAAGGAUCCUGACUGCCGCCACCUGCUGCCCAUGAACCCUGACGACGAAAGCCUCUUCACCUCUGUCCGCGAUGGCAUCCUCCUGUGCAAAAUGAUCAAUCUCUCCCAGCCCGACACCAUCGAUGAGAGAGUCAUCAACACCCGGAAGCUCACUACGUUCACAAUGACUGAAAAUCUUGUCCUGGCGCUGAACUCAGCCUCGGCCAUCGGCUGCACGGUGGUGAACAUCGACGCUCUUAAUCUGAUGGUUGGGAAACCUCAUCUGGUGCUGGGGUUAUUCUGGCAGAUUAUCAAAGUGGGCCUCUUUGCUGAUAUAGAAAUCAGACGGAAUGAAGGCAUGAUUUGCCUCCUGACCGAGGGAGAGAGUCUGGACCACCUGAUGUCUCUCUCUCCCGAGCAGUUGUUGCUACGCUGGGUCAACUACCAUUUGCAAAACGCCGGCACCAAGAGCAUCAGCAACUUCAGCGAGGACAUCAAGGACUCUCGCGCUUACUUCCACCUCCUGGACCAGAUUGCUCCCCGUGGGGAGCACGACUACAGGAGCGUCAAAAUCGACAUGAGCGGCCUUAAUGAUCGGGACCUGAACCGGAGGGCGGAGCUGAUGCUGCAGCAGGCGUCGCGUCUGGACUGCCGGCAGUUCGUGACAGCGCACGACGUCACCUCGGGCAACAGCAAGCUCAAUUUAGCGUUUGUGGCCAACCUGUUCAACACGCACCCGGCCCUGGAGAGGGGGCAUGUCAAUGGCUUGGAGGCCGCCCAACUGGAGCCCGAGAGCCGCGAAGAGAAAACCUUCCGCAACUGGAUCAACUCCUUGGGUGUGAAUCCGUACGUGAACCACAUGUACCACGAUCUGUGCGACGGUUUGGUGAUCCUGCAGCUCUACGAGAAGGUGAACGUUCCCGUCAACUGGAAGAAAGUCAACCAGCCGCCGUACCCCACCUUGGGGGCUAAUAUGAAGAAGCUGGAGAACUGCAACUACGCCGUGGGCCUGGGCAGAAACAUGGCCCACUUCUCCCUCGUCGGCAUUGGCGGCGAGAACCUGAACGAGGGAAGCCCCAUGCACACCUUGGCGCUGGUGUGGCAACUAAUGAGGAGGUACACAAUGCUGGUGUUAUCAGACCUUGGCGAUGGCGAGAAGGUGGGAGAGCAGAUCAUUCUUAACUGGGUCAACACCACCCUGAGCCAAAACCGUAAAGAUUCGCACAUCAGCAGCUUCAAGGACCUCCACAUCAGCACCAGCCUGCCAGUGAUUGACCUGAUCGACGCCAUCGCUCCCGGCACCGUCAAGUGGGACAUGGUGACAAGACCGGAGAGAAGCGUGAUGAAGACUGCCGACAAACUCAACAACGCCAAAUAUGCGAUCUCAUUGGCCCGGAAGAUCGGCGCUCGUGUCUACGCUCUGCCUGAUGACUUGGUGGAGGUGAAUCCGAAGAUGGUGUUGACGCUGUUCGCCUGCCUCAUGGGCCAUGGUUUGAAAAAGGCCCAUCGCUAA